AUGCAGUACCCAGACGGUGUUAGUGAAGAAGCUCGAUCUGGACAGAUGACCGAAGAUAAAGGAAAACUGAAAAGAGGCUCCAAAAUUGACAACAAUAAUGUAUCGCCUAAACGUCCGAAAUCGGAAAAUGAAGUAGACGAAGGCUCAAAGCUGAGUGGAACCGUCGGUGAAAUAAAAUCUGAACGACCUGUCUCGCCGUUUAGUGCGGUCGACAUAGCUCAAGCAAACGCAAAGGUAGCUGAGGUGUUUGUUAACAACAGUCAACCUCAAAUUACUCCAGCGGAUAUGAAUAGGAUGAACCGCGAAAGGGGUCUAGAAAUUGUUGCAAUGGCUGGACGAUUUGAAGCUUUAGUGGACAGUGCUUCUCGUUCUCCAGCAGCGAAUAUGGAACGUAAUAAGAUUUGGCAUCAGAUAACAGAUGAGAUCAAUAGGCGGUACCCACAGUUGAACAAACUGUCGUUCGAACAAUGUAAAAAGCUAUGCAAAUAUUAUAAAAGAAAGAGGAUUAUCAGAGACUUGAAAAGAAUCUUUCAGGACCCAGCUAACUAUGGUAUUACGUUGAAUCCAGUGCCUGAAGACGUAGUUGAGCCCAAAGAUGCUGUGCCAAGUACGUAUGAUGCCCAUUUCGAUGAGCCACCUGAUGACAAUGAGAUUUUGGAAGCUAAUGAUAUUGUCGACGGGAUAUGUAAAGAAGCUAUUGCAGGAGAACUAAAGAAAAUAGCGAGUGUGGCUCAUGGAGAGGGGAUAGUUCGUGAAAGUGACAAGCCGUCUGAAGACCUCCUUGCUUUUUUGUCGCAACACGUCUAUCAACUCAAAUUUUUUUCUAGUAGUGCUGCUUCGACAUCUGGCAAUUCAAACCAAGACGGUCUUACUGGUAAUGUGCCAGCUCCUGUGUCGAACUUACAAAAGAAGGAAAGGGGACAAUUUGUUUGUGACACUGCGCUGUCGUUUGCGGAUGUUUUUGAAAGUCAUUCGAGGUCACAUCAGGUUAAUGCCGAAAGAAGUCAGGUUUGGAAGAAAAUUGCCGAUUUGACCAAUGAGAAAUACGGGGAAGAAUUGGGUAUGUUAACAGUGGAGCAAACCAAAAAACUUUAUGCAAAUUACAAGCGGAAGUGCCAAAUGAACUCGCAGACUGGAGUAAAGUAUCCUAAUUUAGAAGAGGAUGUGCAUAAACAAAGCAGUUUCAACGGUGGGAAUCUGUUGAAACGGUUUGCUUAUAGUGGAGAUUCUGAUGCAUCUUCUUCGAAUUCCGACUUGCUAACACGUAUUGCUGGGACACCUGCACAGCUGAGGACAUCUUGUUCACCGGCUUUAAUUCCCAAGACAGCAAAUCGUGACCGGCCACGAUCUGUUUCAAAAACGAGUUUAAAGAAUGGUAUCACUUGUCGUGGAUACAGUCCAGAGUUGUCUUCGGUUGAAUUGCUUGCUUUGUUAGCAGAUCGCGAUGCCGAAAUCAAGCAAUUGAAAAACAAGCUUCUCCAGGUUAGUAUUCAGACAUAUUAUUAUUGUCUGGGAGUUAAAGCUCAACUUUGCUUGCAGAAUUCGGUUGAACAUCAACUCCAAAUUACUCGAAUAAUAGAAAAAAUGUCUGAACUUAUCAAAACUGCAGUGAGUGCGAAUGUUCAACGUGAGAUAAUGAACUCUAUGGUUGGUGACGCAUACGGAUUUUGCAAUACAUCUAGUAUGAAAAGAUUCGACGAUGAGGGAGAUCUUGGCAUUCAUUUUUAUGUUGCGUUAUUUUCAGAUGUUGAAACCAAGAAGUUAACUGAGUGGCGAAAUCAGAUUUCGGAGAAUUUCCCAUUUUUGCUAAAUUAUUGCAUUUUACCUAUAUCGAUUGAGUCUCAUUUAGUGAAGCCAUCAACUGUCAAUGACAUCGAUUUAUCAGCGGAACUUUUUAGCCGUGAUUUUGUCUCCAUGGCUGUCCUUAUCGUCUGUGGCGACUUGACGUUUAGUGCUGUAGAUUGA